AUGAAGCUCUCCCUCUUCAGCCUCCUCCCCAUGGCCCUCGGCUCGGUCAUCUUCCAUCCGCGCCAGUCGAAUGACCGCGGCAACUACACUGUCCCCGGACUCGGCGAGCGCAAGGCCGCUGUGCUGGCCGCCGGUGGUAACACCAUGGACAUGGCCAUUGCCAUGCUGGAGACCGAGACCAUGACCACUGAUUACACCUACGGCGACGGCAAAACCGGCGACGCCACCAACUUUGGCAUCUUCAAGCAGAACUGGAUGAUGCUGCGCUUGUCGGCGUCGGAGUUUCUGGGCGAGACGGCCGAGCAGGUUGACGACGGUGCGGUUUUGAACACCGAUCUCGAGAAGGACGUCAAGGCCCGCCAUGACAGCGAGGAGCACUAUGGCUUCGACACCUGGUGUGCUGGCCACCGCAACGGCGCGUCUGGCCUGUCCAACCCCGACACUUCUGAUAUUGCCGGGUAUAAGAGCGCGAUCCAGUGGAUCCAGCAGCAGAUCGAGAGCGACGAGGUGUAUCAGAAGGAUGAUACCCGGUUCUGGGUGCAGGUGCAGGCUAUCUAA